AACCUCUCGUCUGCCAUCCGCCUCGACCCGCUUGAGCGCCGCACCGCACCGCACCAAUGGCCUCCCCCAACGCCGACCCGCCUCAACACCACGUCUCGACGCCGCCACUCCUCCUCGCCGUACGCCACAUCCCCUUCCCCGGCGUCCACCGGCCACGCGCGCUCCCCGCCCCCGACGUCCUCACCCCUAUCGCCCGCCGCCUCGAGGAGCUCGCGUCCGCGGCCGCCGCGCACCCGCUCCUGAAGCCGCUCUUCGCCGUCCACUCCCACCUCUCUUCCUUCUCCCAGAGCAGGAGGCUGCUGGUGGCGGCACGGCGGGACGCGCUGCUGUCCGGGGAGCACUGCUUCGCGGCGGUGCUGGGGGACUCGGUGGCCGGCGUGGUGGUGGCCAAUGGCAUCAACAACUUCCUCAGCCUCUACAACACCGUGCUCGUCGUCAGGCUCGUGCUCACCUGGUUCCCCAACACGCCGCCCGCCAUCGUCGCGCCUCUCAGCACGAUCUGUGACCCGUACCUGAACAUCUUCCGGGGCAUCAUCCCGCCGCUGGGGGGAACGCUGGACCUGUCGCCCAUCCUCGCCUUCCUGGUCCUCAACGCCUUCACCAGCACCGCCGCCGCGCUUCCGGCAGAGCUCCCCGACUCUGCGGCAGCUCCAGAGCAUCAUCGCCAUAGCAGCGCUGCUACGUCCAGCUGCUCCGCGCCCCUUGACCUGACGGCCAACCAGAGGAAAUGGAUGCAGAGAAUGCAGUCCCGGAAAUCGCAGGGAGAUGGUGAUCACUAGGCGUUGUGUUCGUCAGUGCCUUGUUACCGGCUGGACAGAACAUAGCUCGGAUCGGACGCUCGCAUAAUCUGCACUCCAACUUGAGCAUGAAAAAGCAGUUCUGCAUGCAGGCCCUGUAACCAUCGAAUCACAAACUUCUGGCAAUGUAGCAUGCAGAAUUAUUUUGGUAGAUCACGUCGCUUCAAAUGUUUUUUUUUUUGGUGUUGUAAUGCGUUGAGGAACUCCUUCCUUGAGGGCUGUGCUUUCUGCAUGUAUGUAGAGGAACCUGCUUGACUGUUCGUAUUACAGUUUAUCUUUCAGACA